AUGGCCAAACGGAUCUUCACUGGUUUUAAACUGUUUCACACAAUAUCCAUCAUUUGCCAAGGAGCUGGCUUGUCCAUCUCUGGAUUUGAAACUUCGUACAGUGGGAAACACACGUUUUAUGCUGCUGAAAAUCGCGCCCUAAAAGAGUUUGGGUUUGCAAUAAAAACUGUUCGUUCUCGUGUCAUCUGCGGACGGGAAUGCAGCAUGGAUGAACGUUGCAAGUCUUUUAACUUUAACAACUGCAACAAUACGUGCGAGUUGAACCUCGUCACAAGACGAGAGCAUCCCGAAGACUUCAAUGCAACUCAAGGGAGUGUGUACUUUGAUGCAAAUGAGGACACGCCUCUCUACUCACUGGCUCGCCUGGCUGAAAGCUCCUUGGAUCGCAACACAAGUUGCAAGAUGCUCUUAGAUGCCGGUUAUCGGUCAAGCGGUCUCUACACAAUCUACCCAGAGGGAUUCGGUAAUGGCGGUCUUCGUAUCUACUGUGACAUGGAAACUGACGGCGGGGGAUGGAUCGUGUUUCAGAGGCGACAAGAUGGCAGCGUGGACUUCUACCGUAACUGGGCCGAGUACCAGUCUGGCUUUGGCGAUCUGUCCGGUGAGUUCUGGUUGGGCAACGACAACUUGGUGACUCUGACGUUUGAUGAUUCACGUAGAACAUGGGAGCUACGAGUUGAUUUAGAGGACUGGGAGGGCAACACGGCAUGGGCGAAGUACGCAGGUUUUCAAAUAUCCCCGCGUGAGUACAAUCUGAAUAUUGGACAAUACGAUGCAAGCAGCACUGCCGGUGACUCUCUUCUUGGGCAUGAAGGGCCGGAUCACUUUAGAUUUCACGGAGGACGUCCCUUCACAACAAAGGAUCGUGACAGAGAUUCGGCAAAUCAUAACUGUGCACACAAGUUCACAGGAGCCUGGUGGUUUAAUAGCUGUUGGUAUUCUCACUUGAAUGGUCAAUAUUAUCAAGAUGAGAAUGCAAAUAGUAGAAUGGGCGUGCAAUGGUAUGCAUGGGGAUCGCGUUAUUAUUCUCUGAAAGCAUGUAGCAUGAAAAUGCGUGAAAUUGGGCCAUGA